GUUUUUUGACGACAGUCGACUGCGUUUGACAAACUGCAGUACAAAUGGCGGCAUAUAAAUAAACCUAACUAAAUUGUAUAUGUAGGCAGGCUUUCUAAAGUAUUAAUGUAUUUAAAUAUUUAACAGAAUGACUCAUAAAGCACUAGAUUCCCGACGGAGCACCGCAGCUCAGUUCUUUUUGCAAGAUAAUGAAGAAUUGUCUUCUUCGUACAAUAAGAUUGUAGAAUGGCUGAAUCAAGCCUCUCUUUCCUCUUCCGACAACAGCAAGAUGGAGUUCCUUCGCAAAGUGCAAGAAAUUAUCAUAAAUAAGGACGCGAGCCUUUUGGACAACUUCCUGGAUGAAGUUCUGGGCUUCCAGAACGAUCGCAGCGCAGACGUGCGGAAGACAAUAGUUGGCUUCAUUGAGGAAGCAAUCAAGAAGGACCCGGACGUGCUGCCCAAGGUGAUCACCAACCUGGCGAUGCUGCUGGAGGACCCCAGCGUGCAGGUGCAGAAGCGCGUGAUCCAGGCUGCCGGCCAGGUGUACCGCUGCACGCUGGUGUGGCUGUCGCGCGUCAAGAACGUCACCGAGGAGAUGGAGGCCGCCUGGUCCGUCAUGAACCGCAUCAAGGCCAGCAUCGUCAACAAGGUGGACAGCGACAACGACGGCAUCCGUACCCACUCCGUCAAGUUCCUGGAGCGGGUGGUGCUGACCCAGACCUACCCCACGCCCGACAGCAUGCACCGGGAGAACGACCUCUCGCUGGAGGACAUCCCCCUCACCCUGAAGGUGGCGCGUCGUCGCAAGCUGGAGGAGGAGGCAAACAUGGUGUUUGAGCUGCUGCUCAAGUUCCACAGCUCGCCGCACAUCAGCAGCGUCAACCUCAUGACGUGCAUGGGCUCGCUGACGCUCAUCGCCAAGAUGCGCCCCCAGUUCAUGGGCCGGGUCAUCGCCGCCUUGGAGACGCUGCACACCAACCUGCCGCCGACGCUGUCCAAGUCGCAGGUGAGCUCCGUGCGCAAGCACCUCAAGAUCCAGCUGCUGAACCUGCUGAAGCACCCGUCCUCGGUCGACUACCACACCAACAUCACCACGCUGCUCACCGACCUGGGUGCCACCUACCAGGAGGUGAUGAAGUACUACCCCAAGCCGGACGAGGUGCGGAAGCGCCAGAAGCGGCUGGCCGCGGAGAGCCUGGUGGUGCAGGCGGUGGUGGCCAAGCGGCCCCGGGUGGAGGCGGAGGGGCCUCAGCCCCCGGAGGAGCAGGAGGCGGCGGUGUCCGUGGAGGACGCGGCGGCCCCCCCUCCCCCGCCCUCCGAGCGCGCCAAGAAGCAGACCGAGGUCACGCUCGACCUCAUGGAGCAGUUCAUCGCGGAGCGGCUCAGCCCCGAGCUGGCCACGCAGCUCGUCAUCGCCUCCAUGAGCAAGCUGCCGGAGGCGAUGCCGCCCCACUUCAGCGCGAUGUACACGCCCAUAGCUGCGGCCGGCACGCACGGCCAGAUCAAGCACGUGGCGCGCCUCAUGGCGACGCAGUUCGCCUCGGCGGGCGUCGGCACGGGCGGCAAGAGCAAGAAGCUGCUGCCGCUCACCAAGCUGGUGUCCAUGAGCGAGGACGACGAGAUAGACGCGACCAAGAGCUCCGUGCUGAACGUGGUGACCGGCAUGAUGGACGACCGCGACUCCAAGGCCUCCCGGGCGACGCUGCUGCCCGCGGGCGGCCCGGCCAAGGCGCCGAAGCAGCGCAUCAAGACGCUGAAGCUGUCGGAGGUGACCAAGCCGCUGGACGGGGAGACGUCCGGCCGGAUGCUGGUGAGCGCGGUGCAGCGCGUCAUGCGCACGGAGGGGGCGACGGGCCCCACCGGGGUCGGCCUGCUCCGGAGCAAGAUGAUAACGACCAUGGCCGCCACCUUCGACGCGCGAGUGCGCCACGAGGUGCUGGGGUUCCUGCUGGAGGACGUGCGGGCGCGCCUCGACCUGGCGCUGGCGUGGCUCUACGAGGAGUACAGCUUCAUGCAGGGGUUCAGCCGCGUGCCGGGCUUCCUGCGGCGCGACGUGGACCCGGCGGGCGCCUACGACGAGCUGCUGUGCGCCCUCGCGCGCCGCCUCGUGGACGCCAAGGACUCGCUGGUGACGCGGCUGUACCUGGAGGCGCCCCACAUCACGGAGGGGGCGGUGGAGCUGCUGAAGCAGCUGUGCCGAGACGAGGGCCGCUCGGCCGUGGGCCUGGGACUGCUGCAGGAGCUGGUGCUGCGACGGCCCCCGCGCCAGCUCGUCUUCCUCAACGCCCUGCUCGAGCACACCUCCCACGAGAACCCGCAGGUGCGCGCCAAGGCGAUAGAGUGCGUGACGGAGCUGUACGGCCGCAGCGAGCUGCACAGCAUCGUGGAGGAGUACGCCAUCUUCUACCUGAGCUUCCUGCGCUUCCCGCAGCCGCCCGACCUGCUGUUCGGCUUGGAGCGGGGCCGGCCCACCAAGUCCGAGGCCUGGUCGGACGACAUAGUGCGCGCCUGCCUCUACCUCUACAUGGCCCUGCUGCCCGUCAACGAGAAGCUCAUACACGAGCUGGCGCGCGUGUACGUGCAGACGUCGGCGGACGUGAAGCGCACCAUCCUGCGCCUGCUGGAGCAGCCGGUGAGGGGCAUGGGCAUGCACUCCCUGGAGCUGCUGCGGCUGGUGGAGGAGUGCCCCAAGGGGGCGGAGACCCUGGUCACGCGCGUCAUCCACAUCCUCACCGAGAAGACCCCGCCGAGCUCGGAGCUGGUGGAGCGGGUGCGAGAGCUGUACCACACGCGGGUGUCGGACGUGCGGUUCCUCAUCCCCGUGCUGAACGGGCUCACCAAGAAGGAGGUGGUGGCGGCCCUGCCCAAGCUCAUCAAGCUGAACCCCGUCGUGGUGAAGGAGGUCUUCAACAGGUUACUGGGGACGCACUCGGAGUACCAUUCCUCGCCCAUCACCCCGGCGGAGCUGCUCAUAGCCCUGCACAACAUCGACCCACUCAAGUGCGAGCUGAAGAUGGUCAUCAAGGCCACGUCGCUGUGCUUCUCCGACAAGCAGGCGUACACGCAGGAGGUGCUGGCGGUGGUGAUGCAGCACCUCAUGGAGCAGAGCCCGCUGCCCACGCUGCUGAUGCGCACCGUCAUCCAGUCCCUGUCGCUCUACCCGCGUCUCAUCGGCUUCGUCAUGAACAUCCUGCAGCGCCUCAUCCUCAAGCAGGUGUGGACGCAGAAGAAGGUGUGGGAGGGCUUCAUCAAGUGCUGCCAGCGCACUCAGCCGCAGAGCUUCCAGGUGCUGCUGCAGCUGCCAGCCCUGCAGCUGCAGGACGUGUUCGACAGCUGCAGCGAGCUGCAGGCGCCGCUGCUGGCCCACGUGGAGGCCCUCACGGACAACCAGCGCACGCACAUCCCCCAGUCCAUCAUGGACGUGCUGAUGGGCAAACGGAGAGCCAUGGCCGAGGAGUACGUGCUGGGAGCUGAUGUGAUGUCGCCGACGGAGCUGACCAUAGACAUGAAGGACGAGGUAGAAGACGCGACGCUCAUGGCAGAGCCGGCGCCCCCCGGCCUGGAGUAACCCGAGUCCCGUGGGCGGGACGACAGUCUGCCGAGUGGUGCUGAGGCACCCACGUUGUCCCGAGCUGUGCACCUUGCCGCGGAGGCUGGAGCCGUGGAACAAGUCCUGUUGGGUGAAGUGGAACCAAAGUAGUCCAUGUUGUCUGUAUAUGAAUUUAUAUCGUCAAAGGAAAAUGUAGCUGAAAUUAAAAAAAAAAAUAAAAAAUAAAACUAGCUAUAUUGUGCAUAUUUUGAAUAAACUUCUAUGAAUGUUGGCAAUUCGCUUGAAGUCUUCACCAGAAAUUGUGAAUUUGUUUUUAGAUUCUCCGGUACCAUUGUGUAAAAUCAUGUUUUUCCCUCGUCUUUUAUAUUUAUCUUUUUACUAUUCAAAACUUGUGGGAAAAAUUAUUCAGUAAAAGUGCAUGUAUAUAAAUUAUGUGUAUUUAUUUAGGUGGUUUGUUCACUGUGCAAGACACCAACUGGUGGUAAAAAAACAGCCUUAUCAAAGUAAAAAUUAUAACAAGAAUAUAAUUCUUGCCUCACUGUUCACAGAACCACUCUAAACCAAUGUGAGAAAUUUGUGUUCCUCUGAGAAAUAAAUAAAGGUAACUUCUGAUGUACCAUACAUGCGACACUUA